CCGAGACGGAUAAAGACUUCAAGACGAGAGAAAGAAAACGGUGCAAAAAUGGCAGAGGCCAGUGUAUUAUUAGCUCAAGAUCAGUUCACCUGUGCAAUCUGUUUGGAUCUUUUAAAGGAUCCGGUGGCUAUUCCCUGUGGACACAGUUUCUGUAUGGAUUGUAUCUCAGACUGCUGGGAUCAAGAGGAUCCAAAGGGAGUCUACAGCUGCCCACAGUGCAGACAGACCUUCACUCCAAGGCCCGUUCUGGGCAGAAACACAAUGCUGGCUGAAGUGGUGGAGAAGCUGAAGCUUCUGGGACUCCAGUCUGCUCCUGCUGCCCACUGCUAUGCUGGACCUGGAGAUGUGGAGUGUGACGUCUGCUCUGGGAGAAAGCGAAAGGCCGUCAAGUCCUGUCUUGUGUGUCUGUCGUCUUACUGUGAAACUCACUUCAGACUUCACAACGAUUUGAAUCCAGGGAAGAAACACAAAGUGAUUGACGCUGCUGGUAAACUAGAGGAUCUGAUCUGCUCUCAGCAUGAUAAACUGCUGGAGGUCUUCUGCCGCACUGAUCAGACAUGCAUAUGUGUACUGUGUGUCAUGGAUGAACACAGUGGACAUAAAACUGUUUCAGUUGCAGCAGAGCGGACAGAGAAACAGAAAGAGCUCGGAGAAACACAGAGAAAAUUCCAUGACGUCAUCAACGAAAAAGAGAUGCACCUACAUGACCUCAGAAAGGCUUUAAAAACUCUUCAGUGUUCUGCUGAUGCAGCUGUGGAGAACAGUGAGAGGAUCUUCACAGAGAUGAUCCGCUCCAUUGAGAAAAGACGCUCUGAGGUGACGAAGCUGAUCAGAGAUCAGGAGAGGGCGGAUGUGAGUCGAGCUGAAGAACUCAUGGAGACACUGGAGCAGGAGAUCACUGAGCUGAAGAGGAGAGUUGCUGAGCUGGAGCAGUUCUCACAAAGUGGACAUAACAUCAGUUUUCUCAAGAGUUUCCAGUCUCUGUGUGCCUACUCUACAUCUGACACGCCAUCUACGUGCUCAGUGCAUACAGAUGAGCUUUUUGAGAGAGUGAGUGACGGCCUCACUGUGCUCAAAGAGAAACUGCAGGAUGUGCUCCACCAGGGACUACAGGACAUGACUAAAACUGAUGAACAAAUCAGCAUUUUCAGACCUUCAGAGCCUGUGACCAGAGAGGACUUCCUAAAAUAUUCCCAUCAGUUGACACUGGACCCCAACACGGCUCAUAGUAAGCUGAAACUGUCUGAGGGAAACAGAGCUGCAGAGAGGGUUAAUGUGAGUCAGUCAUAUCCUGAUCAUCCAGACAGAUUUAAUAGUGUGACACAGAUGAUGUGUUCAGAGGCUACAUCUGCCAGGUGCUACUGGGAGGUUGAGUGGUCUGGACAUGUGCGUAUAGCCGUUUCAUACAAGGGGCUGAAGAGGAAAGGAUGUAAUAAUGAUGUUAAGAUUGGCAAGAAUACAAAGUCCUGGGCAUUGCUUUGCUCUUCAUCUCAGUUCCUCUUCUUCCAUAAUAAUAUAACAACUGCACUCCCUGGUGCUCAGAUCUCCUCUAGAGUAGGAGUGUAUGUGGAUCACAGGGCAGGAACUCUGAGCUUCUACAGCGUCUCUGCCAACACUAUGACUCUGCUGCACAAAGUAGAGACCACAUUCACUGAGCCGCUCUAUCCUGCCUUUCGGCUCUACUUUGUUGGCGACAAAAUCAAACUUUGUCAGUGAUAACAAACCAGCACAAAAACACAUUCAUGUCCAUGUGCCAAAAACAAAUAUGCUGUAUUGUGAACCAUUUCAGAAAGUUCACUCUUUGCGAUAUUAAGUUUAGAUAAGACAAUUCAAUGAUGACAUGACCUUGCCUUGUUGAAAUAUGUUGUGAGGGCUAAUAGUAAAGAAAAUUAUUUGUUUGUAUGCUUGUUUGUUUGUUUCAACAUAAACACGUUAAGGGUUGCAUGUACACUAGUAUGGGUGUUCAAUAUUUUACUACUUCCAUAAUGUAAAAAUUCUCAACCAGACCCUCCUGUGUCAGUAGGGUAGCAAGGCUGUCACCCAGUGCUGUAAUGCUCUAUACAAGAAUCAGU